UGAGAGAGACAUUCCAACUUCAAACAUUGAACUUCACUAUGCACAUUGUUCUCGCAAUCUUCAAAAGUGUGAGAUUUGCGGAGAUAUGGUUCCGAAAAAGCAUGCCAAUGAACAUUAUUAUGAAACUCAUGCUCCGAAGUUAGUUUGCUCAUUAUGUGGUGAGACAGUGGAGCGCGAAGUCUGGUCUCUUCAUAAAGGUGAACAAUGCCCCCUGAGGAUUGUUACAUGUGAAUUUUGCGAGUUCCCGUUGCCUGCUGUUGAUCUCUCAAAACAUCAGGAAAUAUGUGGAAAUCGGACGGAAUAUUGUCAUAUGUGUAACAAGUAUAUUAGGCUCUGUGAACAAAUUGACCAUGAAAUCCAGUUUCAUGGCAAUUCAAAUGGUACUGCAGAAUCUUCCAGGGAUAGGAGAACAUCUGAGAGAGAAGAAGGUGCUCGGAGAAGGCAGGCCCAUGAUUCAUCCCAAAGGCGUAUUCUGUUUACUAUUGCAGUAACAGGGAUUGCAGUUCUAAUUGGAUCAAUUUUCUUCCAAAGAAGAGUAGAUAGUCAUGAACAGCAAUAAUCUUUCAAGUACAUUCCUUGCUGCUAAGUAAUAUUCUUAAUUAAUGGAUUGUUAGAUGCACUUGAAACAGUAUGCUUCAGUCUCAUUUUUCAUUUGUAUACAGCUGUUAGAGAAUUGUAUGACAGUCUUCCCUCUUAUUCUCACAACGUGAGAUCCCACCGGUUGUAACUUUAGUAUUUUCAAGGAUGCUGGUGAAACUCUUUUUUUUUUGCCUUUUCCCUUUUUGUGUCCUUUUUCCUCUGUUAUUUCACUAUAUUUGACUUUGCUUCUCUCUGUGCUUGGGCACUAGCC